UCCAGACCUAUUUUUCAGAUGUUAACAGUUGGUUUGGAUCAAGAAAACACCCCAAAUUCUCAAGUCCUUUAUUCCCUCAUUUCUCAGACGCUGCUGACACAGAGCAGCUUCCGGGUUGCUCGGAUUAGUGGAGAAAUACGACCCUCAGGAUGCUUGGAUUAUGAGGAUUCUUUUCCUUCUCAUCCCGUGUAGACUGCUCCUUUGUUUACAUUACUGAUCAGAGCGAGAGAUUUCGGGGGACCACAGUUGUCAUUCACAGCCGCUGUUCAUGUCACUGUGCAAGAAGACAACAACCACAGGGCUGCGUUCACCCAGCAGAACAUAAAGCACCUCUAUGCGAUGCACAUUCCCCAAGGUUUCGGCAGCCGUGGCUUGCCGCGUCUCCUAGUCCAAGACGGUGAUUUGCCAUCUAUGCCAGCUUGGGGAGUAAAAUUCAACAUAUUGAAUGGCAGUGAAGAGGGGUGUUUUGACAUUUUGACUGACCCUGAAGCCAGUGAAGGAAUUUUAAGUGUCCUCAAGCCUUUGGAUUAUGAAACUGUCCCAGCGAGAAAGCUCGUCACUUCCGUCGAAAAUGAAGAGCGGGUUGUCUCUUGCGAAGGGGGCAAGCUUCAGAAGCCAGUGGAGACUGGGGCCGUGAGUGUGGAGGUGGCGGAUGUAGCCUUUCAUCCCAGGACCUUCAUUGUGAGUGAGGAGGAUGGCGCCAGGCCGGGGAGUCAGCUGGGAAUUUUUAAUGCUACGGAUCCCGACAGAAUUUCAAACCGUGGAAGCUAUGAACCGCUUCAUGAUCCAGCAAAUUGGGUCACCGUGGAUGAAGACUUGGGAGCAGUUACUGCCAGGAAGCAAAGCCGAAAAUCCCCUUACGUCAAGGACAGCUUUGACACUAUCCUUGUCCAUGCCAUUGAUGACGGCCUCCCGCCACAGACGGAUGGGACCCUGAUGCUGUUCCUGUCUGACAUCAGUGACAACACCCCCAUGCUCUGAUGCCCCUACCCGGAGUUCUGUGAGUCCACAGUGAGUGAGUUCCUUCUUAUGGAGGCAGAGGGUCAAGACCUGGAGCCCUACGUGGAUCUGUUUACGUUUGUUGAUAGCACCUGGGGAAGUGCAGAUGACAGGUGGAAACUGGGGAAAAACUGGGGCGAGUGCUUGUAUUGA